AGGGCCUGGCUGAAGAAAAAUGUCUUGCCCAAGAUGACAACAACGACGUUUCAACUUCCGGUUCUAACAACGAAGAGGAAACUAAGGAGGACGACCUAAGAUCUUUUAAAAACAGUCGUCUUGAGGGGACAAGUCAACCGACAGAGCCGUCUAAGGAUGACAAGGAUUCUGAUCAACUUCAACGCGAAAGUGGAUCUAAACAAUUUAAUGAGAUUAAAGGGGCACCUAGUUUGCUUGAAGACAUGCGGGUAAUCAGAACCGCUGAAAACGAGGACGUCAAGAUUAAGAGCCCGCCCUGUACCGUAGUUGUCUCUUCAAAAGAUGAAGUGGUCGCUGACACAAGUUCCACCAAGAGACUAUCCGAAUUCGAAAGUGACAGUCUUGAAGGAAAGUACAUUAUGAAGCUUGAAAGAAGAUUAGGUUGCCUUGAAAACCUGAUACCCCAGUACCACUCUCGUUUUGAAGAAGAUGCAAUCUUCAAACAAAAGUUGCAGGAGAAGAUACAGCAGCUUAUAGAGGAAGGCGAAAUCUUCAAACAAAAAAUGGAGGAGAAGAUUCAACAGCUUGAAUCAAAACUAGAUGAAAAGGAUCAUUACAAGGAGGACGUGCAAAAAACCGCCAAACAAGCUGCAAAAUCAGGGGAACUGGCCCAACCUCGGGAAAAGAAGGAAACGGAAAUGAAUCUGCAGUACCAUUCACAGUUGAAAGGUAUGGCUGAAAUGAAGGCAGCAGGCCAAGACCUUUCACGAUUGAAAGAAAUGGAUAGCGGUAGCGAGAAAAUGGAGAGGAAGGUAGCCGGGCCUGGUUCACAUUUGGGAGAAUCGGAUUACAGCAAAGAGAACAUGGAGGAGACUGCUAUUGCCGAGAUUCAUCCGCCGCUGGUAAAAGAAACGUAUCAUCAAAAAGCGAACACAGAGAAAGAAAUACAGGACGCAAAGAAGAAAAGUGAUGAACGUUUUAAGAUAAUAGAGAGGGAGGUAGAGGAGCACGCAUUACAGUUGGAUGGGCGUGAAGAGAAGAGAGAGAAGACAGUGGCCCAGUUCCAUUCUCAAGUCGAAGAAAAGGAUCAUCAAAUGGAGAACUUAGAACGAGAAAUACAGGGUGCAAAGAAACUGUUUAAAGAAAUUGGUAAACGCGUGGAGGGAAUCGAGAAGAAGGUGGCCGAGCACGCUUUACAAUUGGAUAAGAUUAGUUCUAGUAUGAAGACGAUAGAGAAAACGAAUACCCAGUUCUAUUCACAGCUGGUAAAAGAAACGAUUCGUCAACGUGAAAAGAUGGAGAAGGAAUUAAAGGAUUUAAAAGAACUGAUGAAAGGAAUUUCUCAACGCACCGAGGAAGUGGAAAAGAACGAAACCGAUCACGGUUUCCGUCUGGAAGAAAUUGAUUCGCGCGUAGAGAGAAUCAUGAAGACGGCAAUUGAUCGAUUUCAUUUGCAGCUGGAAGAAUCGCGAAGAUUCCUGGAGGAAAAAUUGAAGAAGGAAAUGCGAGAUUUAGGUGAUGAAGUCAAGAACCAAAGCGCAUUCCUCUUCACUCAUCAAGAAAAUAUGGCCCUUCUUCGCCGUGCUCUGGGCGACCUGAAUGUAAGGUUUCAACGUGAAGUCAACAAGUUAAAUAGGCGAGUUGAUAUCUUAUUCGCACGUCAGAUAAUUGAUGGUCCAAUUGUACCCACGAGGCUUGGAUAAGUCCUUGUAAAAUGCCUAAUUAUUUGGUAAUGAACAUGUUUAAUUGCAGCUGUUUUCCCAUUGGUUUUUGUGGGUAUAUCAGUGGGUCAAACCUUCCCAAGGGUGAAUAAAGACUUGUAUACUAUGUCGAAAACGAAAAUGAUUUUUUUUCCUUUCCUUAAAAAGAGAUAGGCCCUGAUCAGUUUCCCAAAAUAUGCAUAAGGCACGACCUGAUCAUUAACUUGCCAAUCAUUUUGAAUCUGUGUCGUUUAAUGUAUUUUAUGUAAAAGAACAUGAAAUGCAGAUAGAGGCGUAAGGUUAGGCUCUACUAAAACUUCAGCUGAAGUUUUUAACGAUGAAGUUAAGAUAAGAAAGUGCGUACUAGUUUAUAAGGCGCUGCAUGGGGAAUCUCCUAUGUAUAUUGAGAGUUCUUUAACUACGAAUUACUCACUACACGGUAGAGGGACCAGACAUGGCCAAUAUAAUUUAAUCUGUCCUAAGUUUCGUAAUAUUACUGAAGCUGGAAGGCCUUUUCAAGUUAGUAGCGUCAAGUUAUGGAACAGUUUGCCAAAUGAGCUUAAGAAAAAACGCAGCACUUGGUCUUUUAGAAAUGAUUUGAGAAAUUAUUUUAUUGAUUCUUAAAGAGACAUUGAUUGUUUUGAGGCUAUAUUGUAAGAUAUCUUUUAUUCUAUAUAUUGUAUUUAUAUUUGUUUUUAAUAGUUACUUUGUUAAGCUAGUUCCAAUUUUAAUUCUAGACUUGCAUGUAUUACUUACUAAUCCUUACUUUUGAGGGUCACUGGUUUGUCAGCGUAAGCUGUUAUGUGUACACCCUCUUUAAAUAGAGUCGACUUACUUACUUUCUUACUAGCUCAAGGUACAUAAAAAAUCUAUCAGAAAUUUUGUAGAAUUUUUGAUUUUGUUAAGUAUAGCCAGGCAAAGCCUGAACAAAGUAAUGUUUUAAGAAUUUGGAAGGUUGACUUUUAACUGAAAAGUAGUUGUAAUUAUUGAUUUGGUGAGAUUGCUGUCUUACCUUAUGGUCACAACCAGGCUAAGCCUGUGUGAAAUAGUGUUUAUUUGUUUUGUUUUUUUAGCAAUUAUUAGAAUUAUAAAAGGUACAAUGAACUGAGUUAUCCAAAGUAGUUCGAGAUUUCAGUAGUUUUGACUUCCCUUGCAUUGUGAUUAAUUCAGAAAACGCGCGGCACUCUCUCGACCAAUGACAUGCGAGACUCAAGACAGAUAUGUACGAUUUUGACUCACCAGCUUAUUAUCCCAUCUUUGGGAUAGUUAGCGUGCUUUAACUUUAAGUUUUCGUUCGCUCCAAAGUAAUAUUUUUCUUUGUUUUGAUUAGCAUCCCUGAUUACUGUCAAUUAAGUUUUCUAUAUUGUUCAGAGAUAUUGUUCAAUUUUUAAGAUUGAUGACUUCUAAUAAGGCCAAGCCUAGCGUUGUGAAAUGGUGUUUGACACACUAGCAUGUUAAGAAUUAGGAAAGUUUUAAAGGAGAAAAAAAGUGGCAUAAGCAUUGUCAUAUGUAGAUUUUUUAGAUGUUUUAAAAUAUAACUAGGUUAUAAGCAAGGGUUUCUAUCAACGGUAAAACACGACGUUUCGACUAUACCGUGCUUCGGUCAUUGUCAAGUGAAUGGAAUGAAAU